GCCUCGCCGUUCUCCCCCCAUCCUCCCCGCCACCUCUCACCCCCCGCAAGCGAGUCAGCCAAGCCAAGCGACGCCCAACCCCCGCCUCCAUUCCCGGGCCGGAGACGCGCCUGCCUGGCCGCGACGCCGCCAGCCAUGGGAAUGGGGCCGCUCGACAACGCCGCGUCGGCCGCGCUGGAGGCCGCCGCCGCCGCCGCCGCCGCCCCCUCGCGGGCGGGCUCGUACGCGGUGCUGCAGUGCGGCGAGGACUCGGAGUACGUGCGGCAGAAGUACGGCGGCUACUUCGCCGUCUUCCGCGCGCUGCUGGAGGAGGACGGCGAGAGGUGGCGGGUGUACAGCGCCGUCCGCGGGGAGCUCCCCGCCGACGCCGAGGCAGCCGGGUUCGACGGGUUCGUCAUCUCCGGGAGCUGCGCCGACGCGCACGGCGACGAGCCCUGGAUCCUCGCGCUCGUCGACCUCACCCGCCGCGUCCACGCCGCCGGCAAGCGCGUCCUCGGCGUCUGCUUCGGCCACCAGAUCCUGUGCCGGGCGCUGGGCGGGCGCACGGGGCGGUCGGCCAAGGGCUGGGACAUCGGGGUGAGCUGCAUCCACCCGACGGCGGCGGCGGCGCGGCUGUUCGCGCCGCUGAAGCUGCCCGUGCACAUGCCGGUGAUCGAGUUCCACCAGGACGAGGUGUGGGAGCUGCCCCCCGGCGCCGAGGCGCUGGCGCGGUCCGACAAGACCCGCGUCGAGAUGUUCCGCCUCGGCGGCCGCGCCAUGGGCGUCCAGGGCCACCCGGAGUACAGCAAGGACGUCCUCAUGAGCAUCGCCGACCGCCUCCUCCGCCACAACCACAUACUGGUAAUUAAUCAUAAUAGUAACGACAGCGUGCCGAGUGUUCGUUUGUCUCUCUGUCUGUCUGUCUGUCUGUCUGUCUGUGACAUGGAAAAAAAAUAUCUGUCCUUGUUUUGUUUGUUGUUGGCAGGACUGCCAGGUGGAAGUGGCCAAGACGAGCUUCGACGUGCGGCAGCCGGACAAGGAGCUGUGGAGCAAGGUGUGCAGGGGCUUCCUCAAGGGAAGGCUCCAGUCGUCGCAGCAGCAAGGACUGCCAGGUGGAAGUGGCCAAGACGAGCUUCGACGUGCGGCAGCCGGACAAGGAGCUGUGGAGCAAGGUGUGCAGGGGCUUCCUCAAGGGAAGGCUCCAGUCGUCGCAGCAGCAAGGUGUGGCGCUAUAGCAGGAGGAAAUUGGGGGGGCAUUGGAUGCCUAGGUUAAUCCGUCAUAUUGUUUGUUUUUUAUAUAUCAAGAGUUGUACAGAAACUGCUAUCGUCGUCCGAAGCAUUAAUAAAAAAAAGGAGGGAAAAAAUAGUUCGUUGGUUUGGUUCCAUCUUUCCGUGGCACCAGUUCAUUCUCGUAGUGCCUUUGCAUCCACUUCUUUUCUUUGUAACACACGUUGCAUAUGCUGCUUGCAUCUUCGGCUCAUUUGUGGACUCAAACAAAACGACUACGACAGCGCUGUCCGCUUACCGUCGGGGUAUCUGUCGUUGGAACUGAUUUUUACGGAGGACAAAAAAAAAUACAAGUCUCAACCGACCUGACAAGUGACAACGUUG